UCCGAGAGUGGUGAGAGCGUGACGCACACGGGACAGGUUUAUGAAGAAAAUGACUACAGGAAGGUUCGAUUUGUUGCUCGACAGAAGGAGGACAAAGAUACAAAAACUGGAACAUGUGGUUACUGUGGACUUCAGUUUAAACAGAAACAUCAUCACUGAAAGAUCAUCCCUUCAUGCCCUGCAGAAUUUUGUCAUAAUUUGUGUUAAAAUAUUAACAAUAAAUGAAAUUUAAAAGCUCAAAGCCUUUAUAUUUGUUUUAAAAAAAUAUCUUGCACAAUGGCGUUUCCAUAGAUUAAAACAUGAAAAACUAAGGGCUUGUCUACAUGGUGAGGUAAUGCACCCUGCAGGUUAGGGGGGUGAUUUUUAUAGAGCAUUAACAUGUUGCAUGUUAAUUGGUCCAUGUAGACUCUACUGAUGCACAGUAAAGUUUCCCUAGUGCUCUUUAAUGUAGUGUAUAGUACUAUGUUGAGGCUUUCUUGAGAACUUUUAGUGUGCACCAGCAGAGUCUACAUUAUGGGAAGACCGUGAGCCAAAUCUAAAUCACCAGAUGCUUUUGAACAGACCCCCAAAUCUUUUUAUUUACAUAUUAAUAUUAUUGUUGUGGUUUUUUAAUUAUUUUCUCUGGAAUCUGGAUCUUGACUAUACCUUGAGCAAGAAAUUUGGACCUUGACAAAAAUAACAGACUACCCCUGGUCUACGUGGACCAAUUAAUGCACAACACAUUAAUGUGCUUUAGAAAUCACAGCCCAGUAGUGCACAUUAUCCUACUGUGUAGACAGCCCUAAGAGUGUUUUGAGAGAUGAAUGUAAAGAAGUUUUGAGGUAGAAAUUCUAAUAUCAAUUUGUUCAUAGAAUAGACCUCAUGCCGUGUUAUGCUUUUGCCAUCUGGGAUGCCUCUUAGUAAAAUUUCUUGGACUUGAAACUGAUGCUGAAAUCAAAUGGAAAUCUGAUACCCUUUCCCUUUUGGAUAGGUUAAAUAUAUAUAAUUUCUUUUCCACCCUGAAUUAGACCUGGGUUUCAGAUUAGAGGAUAUGAGGUUUGAUAAUUCUAGGUUUUUGUCUCUUGGCUUCAUUAUUACUCCUGUUCAUAGAUUGGUCAUUGUGUGCCAUUUCUCUGCUGAUAUAAAUAACUAACUAAAUUGAAAUCCAUUUGCUCUUUUGUUGUGUGGGAUAGAGAUUUCUCAUUUUCAAAGCUAGAAGUUAUGGCUGACUAGAACAGGAUAUAGUAAUUGUCUAUAUUUCUCAGCCAUCUUGAAAACCUCACAAAAUGUCUAAAGUACAAUGAAAAGGGUUGACCACACUUAAAUUCUCUUCAUAAAUAUGAAAAACAAACUUUCAAAAUUUUUCAAAAAGUUAAUGAUGCUGAUAACCAGUAAAUCUUGGUCACUUUCUAUCUUAACUGCUGAAAAGACAUUUAGGAUCUGAUUGUCCAUUAUCCUGCACCAUUUGUAGUCAUUUACAGGAUUGUGAAGUAGGUACAAAAUGCUAUCAGAUCAAAUUAGUGGGAUUUUAUAACCACUUAGCACUGGUGCAAAUUACUAUAUUUGGUGCAGGAUAAUGGAGAACCAGACCAUCUACAUUCUAGUUUUUAUGUGGACUAAGUUCAAAAAGUAGAACAUUGAACUCCACCGCUUUAUCCAUUCAUGUAUGUACAAUAAUUUUUUUGUGUUUUUCUUCAGCAGAUUGAGUGGAAGGCGUGAAUCUUCAAAUCUUUUUUUCUCCACCUGUACACUUAGAAUAGUUUGCAGAUAUAACUUACUUUAUUAAGCAUUUCUGUAAUGCUGAAGAAUAUUGCAGUACCUCAGAAUAACCUUUCAAGAUUCAUCAACAGCAGAGGAGAAAUUAGAUGUAGAUUAGCUAUCAAAGAGAACCCCCAUGUAUUUAGUGGAAAGGUAAACUUGAAUUCUGUUGCACUCUGUAGCAGCAGACUGGAAAUUAAGUUUAAAAAAUUGGAAACUUUUACUGAAUUGAAUACAAAGUGAAUAAUACAAUUGAUACUUUAAUCCUGUUUAUUUUUAUAUUCAGUUCAACUUGCUGUUCCUAUACUUUGUUUUUGAUGUAAAUAUUUCUGAACUUCCUACACACCUGCAUUGUAGAAGUUGUAGGAUUUGGCAACUGGGGCUUUUGGCACAUGGAAAGGCAUAGGACGCAGCCCUAUAUUGUGGGAUAAGCAUACUGGCUUGGUGUGAAAUAAUUUAAAUGUAAAGUGCUGUCUUCAGGCUUUCGACUUUAUUUUAAAUGAGCUUUGAUUCUGAAGCACAAUUCUGCAGCAAGUAGUAUCUUUACAGUAACUUCUGUGUCCACAGAAUUGUGGCAUACACAAGGUGUGCAUAAACUGCACAUAUAAAUCAUUUAUUGUAUUAUAUGCACAGUAGCUAUGCAGAAGUAUACUAAAAAUAAUUCUUUAAGGACUUGUGACAAACAUUUGGCAGUCAAUGAAAAAUGGGACUAAGUGAUGCCAAAUUGAUUUUUAUUGUGUAUGUACUGUAUAUGGCAAUUUUUUGGCCCUGACCAGUGAAAGGCAUUGGAUUAUACCCUGAAGCAUGAGAUUAGAUUACCUUUAUUAGUCUGUUAGAAUAUAUAACUGCACAUACUAAUUUUAAUAUUCUCGUGUUAAAUCCAGUGUCAGUGACACCAGACCCUAUAUUUUGAUGACAUACUAUGUGAAACAGCAUUUCUCUUUAAUUGGUUCCUGUAUUGCUCUUCAGGAAAUAAUUUAUUAAUCUGAUUCCCAAUCUGGGGUCUAACUAAAACUGCUCCUUAGAAGCGUUCUUAACUUUCUGUACACUUUUUUUAAUAUCAGGCAACAGCAGCUAUUUGUAAUCUUUUUUACAAAUCAAUAUCAGCAUUUCAAAAUAACAUGGGCAGAGACAGCGGCAUAAGAAAAAAAUAUAUGCCUUUUUGCUACAGUAUUGCAGUGGAUGAUUGUGUUUAGUUGAUUAAAAUAUAAUCUCUCAAUCCUUUUCAGUCACUGCUUUCCUGGGUAGUCUCUUGCCACCAUUCUCCCUGUCCUUUAAGUAAGCCCUACAUUUGUUCCUAAAUGUGAUCUUGCCUUUGGCUUUAUUAAAAUAUGUUUAAUUGCACCCAGGAUACCACAUGCUCUGGAGUGCUGUCUCAGUGACCUGUCCUCCUUGUUUACCCCCUCACCAAUAGCACUGAGUUUAUAUAUUCUUCUGGAUCAUUGAUUUUAUAGGAAGUGUAUUGAGAAAUGUUACAUUGAUAGAUUCUGAGGCAAGAAGGGACCAUUUUGAUCAUCUACUCCAAGGUUUCUCAAACUUCAUUGCACUGUGAUCCCUUUCUGACAACAAAAAUAGCUACACGACCCGAGGGGAGGGGGAUUCAAAGCUGAACCCCCAGGGUUUCAGCCCCAGGCGAGGGGGCCUGUAACCUGAGCCCCACCAUCCAAGGCUGAAGCCCAAGGGCUUGGGCUUUGGCUCUGGGUGGUGGGACUUGGGCUUGGGCUUCAGCCCUGGGACCCAGCAAGUAUAACACCAAUCUAACACCAUUAAAACCAGCCACUACCCAUAAUUGAGGUCCCAUUUCAGCGAGUAGCUGUGGAUAUUCUGGGUCCUUUCCCAAAGAAGACACCCAGAGGAAAGCAGUACGUACUGACUUUCAUGGAUUUUGCUACCCGAUGACCAGAAGCAGUACCCUUAAGCAACACCAGGGCUAAAAGUGUGUGCCAGGCAUUAACAGACAUUUUUGCCAGGGUAGGUUGGCCCUCCGACAUCCUUACCGAUUCGGGAACUAAUUUCCUGGCAGGGACCAUGGAAAACCUGUGGGAAGCUCGUGGGGUGAAUCACUUGGUUGCCACCCCUUACCACCAUGAAACCAAUGGCCUGGUGGAGAGGUUUAAUGGAACUUUGGGGGCCAUGAUACGUAAAUUCGUAAAAGAACACUCCAAUGAUUGGGACCUAGUGUUGCAGCAGUUGCUUUUCGCCUACUGGGCUGUACCACAUCCCAGUUUAGGGUUUUCACCAUUUGAACUUGUCUGUGGCCGCGAGGUUAAGGGGCCAUUACAGUUGGUGAAGCAGCAAUGGGAGGGGUUUACGCUUUCUCCAGGAACUAACAUUCUAGACUUUGUAAGCAACCUACAGAGCACCCUCCGACACUCUUUAGCCCUUGCUAAAGAAAACCUAAAGAAUGCUCAGGAAGAGCAAAAGGCCUGGUAUAAUAAACAUUCCAGAGAACGGUCCUUCAAAGUAGGAGACCAAGUCAUGGUCUUAAAGGCGCUCCAGGCCCAUAAAAUGGAAGCGUCGUGGGAAGGACCAUUCACGGUCCAGGAGCGCCUAGGAGCUGUUAACUAUCUCAUAGCCUCCCCCACCUCCAACAUAAAGCCUAAGGUAUACCAUGUUAAUUCUCUUAAGCCCUUUUAUUCCAGAGAAUUAAACGUUUGCCAGUUUACAGCCCAGGAAACAGAUGACACGGAGUGGCCUGAAGGUGUCUACUACGAAGGAAAAAAGGAUGGUGGCGUAGAAGAGAUUAACCUCUCCACGACCCUUGGAUGUCUGCAGCGACAGCAGAUCAAGGAGCUGUGCACAAGCUUUGCACCAAUUUUCUCAGCCACUCCAGGACGGACCGAACGGGCAUACCACUCCAUUGACACCGGUAAUGCUCACCCGAUUAGAACCCCACCCUACCGGGAGUCACCUCAUGCCAAAACUGCUAUCCAAAGGGAGAUCCAGGACAUGCUACAGAUGGGUAUAAUCCGCCCCUCUAAUAGUGCAUGGGCAUCUCCAGUGGUUCUAGUUCCCAAACCAGAUGGGGAAAUACGCUUUUGCGUGGACUACUGUAAGCUAAAUGCUGUAACUCGUCCUGACAACUAUCCAAUGCCACGCACAGAUGAGCUAUUGGAGAAAUUGGGACAUGCCCAAUUCAUCUCUACUUUAGACUUAACCAAGGGGUACUGGCAAGUACCACUAGAUGAACCCGCUAAGGAAAGGUCAGCCUUCAUAACCCAGGCAGGGGUGUAUGAAUUCAAUGUACUCCCUUUCGGGUUGCGAAAUGCACCUUCCAAAGACUUGUUGAUGGUCUCCUAGCGGGAUUGGGAGAAUCUGCAGUUGCCUACCUCGAUGAUGUGGCCAUUUUUUCUGAUUCAUGGGCAGAGCACCUGGAGCACCUGGAAAAAGUCUUCGAGCGCAUCCAGCAGGCAGGACUAACUGUUAAGGCUAAAAAGUGUCAAAUAGGCCAAAACAGAGUGACUUACCUGGGGCACCAGGUGGGUCGAGGAACUAUAAAUCCCCUACAGGCCAAAGUGGAUGUUAUCCAAAGGUGGCCGGUUCCAAAGUCUAAGAAAUAGGUCCAAUCCUUCUUAGGCUUGGCUGGAUAUUAUAGGCGAUUUGUACCCCACUACAGCCAAAUCGCCGCCCCACUGACAGACCUAACCAGAAAGAAACAGCCAAAUGCAGUUCAGUGGACUGAUGAGUGUCAAAAGGCCUUUAACCAGCUUAAGGCAACACUCAUGUCUGACCCUGUGCCAAGGGCCCCAGACUUUGACAAACCGUUCCUAGUAACCACAGAUGCGUCCGAGCGAGGCGUGGGAGCAGUUUUAAUGCAGGAAGGACCGGAUCAAGAAUUCCAUCCUGUCGUGUUUCUCAGCAAGAAACUGUCUGAGAGGGAAAGCCACUGGUCAAUCAGCGAAAAGGAAUGCGACGCCAUUGUGUACGCGCUGGAAAAGCUACGCCCAUAUGUUUGGGGACGGCGUUUCCAACUACAAACAGCCCAUGCUGCGCUACAAUGGCUUCAUACCGCCAAGGGAAAUAACAAAAAACUUCUUCGGUGGAGUUUAGCUCUCCAAGAUUUUGAUUUUGAAAUACAGCACAUUUCGGGAGCUUCUAACAAAGUGGCUGAUGCACUCUCCCGGGAAAGUUUCCCAGAGUUAACUGGUUAACAAUUGUUCUUGGAAUGAAACAUAUUGUUAGUUUUUAUAUAAUCAGUAGUAUGUCCAAAGAUACAUGUGUCUUAUUAACUCUGUUUUCUCCUAGAGCUCCAGGAAGAAAUCACAGCCAGUGUGGAACCGAACGUCCAACACUAUCUGUGAUUUGGCGGGCGUGUCAUAACUAUAAAGAGAAGGGUAACAGCUGUCCUGUAUACAGUACUAUAAAAUCCCUCCUGGCCAGAGACUCCAAAAUUCUUUUCCCUGUACAAGCUCAGGUAACCUGGCUGGCGUCUGACCCAAAGGACCAAUAAGGGGACAAGAUACUUUCAAAUCUUGGUGGGGGGGAAGGCUUUUGUUUGUGCUCUUUGUUUGGGUUGUUUGUUUGCUCUUGGGACUGAGAGGGACCAGACAUCAAUCCAGGUUCUUCCCAUCUUUCUAAACAAGUCUCUCCUAUUUCAGACUUGUAAGUAAAAAGCCAGGCAAGGCGUCUUAGUUUUACUUUGUUUUCUCAACUUGUAAAUGUACCUUUUACUAGAGUGUUUAUCUUUGUUUGCUGUACUUUGAACCUAAGACUAGAGGGGAGUCCUCUGAGCUCUUUAAGUUUGAUUACCCUGUAAAGUUAUUUUCCAUCCUGAUUUUACAGAGAUGAUUUUUACCUUUUUCUUUAAUUAAAAGCCUUCUUUU